GGCUCUUAUCCAAUUCGAUAAUCACGCAUUAAUAUAACAAUCCAUUUCCCCUUCCAGUUGUCCAAAAACCCCAAACUUUUCGGGCUCCAAUUUCGCUGCCGUGUUGGUUUCAUUUCAUUGUUUGUAAAUCGUUUCGCUGCGUCAAAAACCUCGCAGUAUCUCGGAAUCAUCCCAUCCGUUUCGUUUUUAUUUGCGGUUGUGGUUGAUUUCUCUGUAAAAAUUGGCGACGGGAGAUGACGAUUCAGUCAUUCGGGGAGAGCUCUGGUAACUUGAGUGAGAGUCGCCGGAAGAUUACGUAUUUCAGCAAUUCUUACGUCCUUGGAUUGACUGUAGUUGCUGGCAUCGGCGGUCUGCUUUUCGGCUAUGAUACUGGAGUUAUAUCGGGAGCGCUUCUUUAUAUCCGUGAUGAAUUUGAGGAAGUCGAUCAAAGUAGCUUUUUACAGGAAACAAUCGUCAGCAUGGCUUUGGUCGGUGCCAUGAUUGGAGCUGCAGUAGGGGGUUGGUUUAGUGAUGCUUUUGGGCGUAAGAAAGCUACUCUGUCUGCUGAUGUUGUAUUCGCACUUGGAGCCAUUGUCAUGGCCGCAGCUCCAGACCCCUACGUUCUUAUCGUUGGAAGGUUCUUUGUUGGCCUCGGCGUAGGUAUAGCAUCUAUCACUGCUCCUGUAUAUAUUGCAGAGGCCGCUCCAUCAGAAAUUAGGGGUGGCCUAGUGAGCACAAAUGUCCUCAUGAUUACUGGUGGACAGUUUCUCUCUUACCUUGUGAACCUUGCUUUUACUGAGGUUCCGGGUACAUGGCGGUGGAUGCUUGGGGUAUCCGGGUUGCCUGCUAUUAUCCAAUUCUUUCUCAUGUUAUUUUUACCAGAGUCUCCACGCUGGCUUUACAUGAAGAAAGAGAAAUCUGACGCCGUUGCUGUGCUAUCAAAAAUCUAUGAUCCAUUUCGCUUGGAAGAGGAAAUUGAUCAGCUUGCUGCAGCACUUGAAGAAGAGGGCCAACGGAAGACUCGAGUCAGUUACUUUGAUGUCAUCAGAAUAAAGCCGCUAAGACUUGCCUUUUUGGCUGGAGCUGGAAUUCAGGCAUUCCAACAGUUCACCGGCAUCAACACAGUGAUGUAUUACAGCCCAACUAUAGUUCAAAUGGCUGGAUUCCAGUCCAACCAACUAGCUCUCCUCCUAUCCCUCAUUGUAGCAUUCAUGAACGCCCUAGGUACAGUACUCGGGAUAUACCUCAUCGAUCAUUUUGGUCGUAGGAAGCUGGCACUCAGCAGUUUGUUUGGAGUAACCAUAUCCCUGAUAAUCCUCGCAAUGGCAUUUCUCCUCCAACCGUCUGAUUCCGUGACCGGAGCCUAUGGUUGGCUCGCGGUUUUAGGUUUGGCUCUUUAUAUUGCUUUCUUUGCGCCGGGGAUGGGUCCAGUUCCAUGGACCGUGAACUCAGAAAUAUAUCCAGAAGCCUAUCGAGGACUCUGUGGAGGCAUGUCGGCUACUGUGAACUGGAUAUCAAAUCUCAUUGUGGCUCAAAGUUUCCUGUCGAUAGCAGAGGCCACAGGCGUCGGCCCGACGUUCUUGAUCCUUGCUUGCAUAGCUGUCGCGGCGUUCAUAUUUGUGGCUGUUUUCAUUCCGGAGACAAAGGGUUUAUCGUUUGAAGAAGUGGAGAGAAUAUGGCAGGAGAGGGCUAAGGGGAAUCGAGGUGUAGGUGGUGUUCCUGAUAAGAGGGAACCUUUGCUAUAGAUUCGAGUGAAGCCAGACUGUUGUGUACUAUCAAAAUUGUAAGGAUAAUAAUUUGUUGGACAAUUAUUAAAUGUAAUUUUUUUAUCCAUUGUAUGUAAUCUAUGUAUAUUUUGAAUGUAAAUGGAUGACUUGAAGUUGCCAAAUUUAUUUAUUAAGUGUUUUUUAUAGAAGUA